AUGGCCCUAUGUCGGCUUUUGCCGAAUCUCGGGGGGCCCGACGAAAGGGUUCGCCGAUUUUAUGCCGGAACUGUCCAUGCUAUGCUGAUGUACGGAGCCCCCGUAUGGGCGAAGAAACUGGGGGCGACCCGCAAGCUGCAGGACUCACUGCACCAGCUACAAAGGCGGGUCGCCAACAGAAUUUGCAGGGGGUUCCGUACGGUCAGCUGGACGGCAGCCGGAGUGAUCUCCGGGGUGCCCCCCGUCGAAUUGCUAGCCCGAAUGUACACCGAGGUGUACAAACGUACACGCGGGCUGCAAAGGGGGGGCACCAUAGUGACGGACAGUAUCCGGCGUAACCUGAGGGUCCAUACCCGGCGGUGCCUAAUAAAAGAAUGGUCCGAGGAACUGGAAAACCCCAAUCUUCCCGAACAGCGCACCGUCGGGGCCAUCCAGCCCUGCCUGGAACAAUGGCUAGGCAGGGCAAACGGGGGUGUGACAUACCGCAUGACUCAGGUGCUCACCGGGCAUGGGUGCUUCGGUGAGUACCUGAGACGCAUAGGCAAGGAACGCACCACGCGCUGCCACCAUUGCGGCCACCAUCGGGACACCGCCCAGCACACACUUGAGAACUGUGUUGCCUGGGCGGGAGAACGAAUGGAGUUGGUGGCCGCAGUGGGGAGGCUCCCCGUGAUCGUAAAAAAGAUCACGGAGAGCGAAGAAGCAUGGAGGGCCUUCUCCUCCUUCUGCGAAAAAGUGCUACGGCAGAAGGAGGAGAAGGAGCGGGAUAGAGAGAAGAAGGGAGAGAGAACAAGGGAAUGGGAGGAGGGAGUGGCUGAGGACAGCGAAGAGGAGGACGAAGACCAGCGAGCAGAUGGGGGCGUGCCCCCUCUUUCCCCGGCACCGGCGGCCUUAGCCGUUUGUGAUGUCGGGGAUCGGGGGGGGGUGCGCCUCUGA